AUGCGCUUCACCGCCCCCAUCAUCGCCCUCGCAGCGUCUCUUCCCCUCCUGACCACCGCGCAGAUGGGCCCCGACGACACAAUCUGCGAGUUCCUCUACGGCACCGACUAUACCGACGCCUGCUGCCACACGGUCAUCAGUCGCGGGAUCAACGCACCUUGCACCGACAUCGAGUAUGUCAGCAACUUGACGGAGAGAGGGGAGGGAGAGGGAACGAGGAUGGAUGAGGAGGGGAGGGAGAGGGAGAGGGAGGAGAAGGAGCCCGCCUAUCCCACCUCCGGCCCUCUCUUCGGCCACGGACCCAGCGGCAUCGUAUCCGAAUACAUGACUCUUGAGGAUUUGGAGCAGGUGUACUGGGAUUACUUCAGUUCCAAUGCUAUGGGUGAGACUAUGGCUAAGGCUGUUGCUGCCAUGAAGGACGCUUGA